AUGUGCAUUGAAUUUACUUUUGAGGAAGCAGCUGUAAAGCAAGAACAUUUGGAGAGAUGCAGGUUAGAAGCAUCCGUAAGAAUGCACAGCUAUAGUUUCCCUGAAGAGCUGCAGACAUCCCCAGGAAAACUGUACAAUGUCAAUGUAUAUCCUGACGAGGAUGACAUUGACAUUGGUGUAGUCAUAACAGCUGAUGAAGGUUCACAGUGUGACCCAGAUCCUCUUCUUGAAGAAAAUACUUUGUUGAAGGAGGAAAACAUGCUUUUGAAGGAAAAGCUGCACAAACUGCAAUGGGGUGUGAACAAAAUCAAAGAUGAUGAUGUUGCAACAAGAUUCUACUCCGGAUUGCCCAGCUUUGCUGUUUUCCUCUGGCUGUACAAUUUCCUACUUCCAAAGGCAAGGUGCAUGACUUACUGGGUUGGUGAAGGUACAUCUGAGACAGGAAGACAGCGGCCAAAUAGAAGCACCCUCCCUCUCAUUGACCAGUUGCUGGCUGUUCUUAUGCGUCUGAAGGUUGGACUUCUAGUAACUGAUAUUGCUGAACGAUUCGGAAUUUCACCUUCAAGAUUUUCUUCUAUCUUUACAACAUGGAUUUGCCUUCUUCAUGCAGAGCUCUGUGCUCUGAAUAAGUUUCCCUCAAGAGAAAAAAUUGCAUCUUGUUUGCCUGAAUGCUUGAAAAAGUUUCCAAAUUUAAGAGUAAUUUUCGACUGUACUGAAAUAUAUAUACAGAAAUCAUCAAGUUUAGUUAACCAGAAUUUAACAUUUUCAAAUUAUAAACAUCAUACGACAAUGAAGUUUUUGAUAGGGAUUUCGCCUGCUGGAGUAAUUUCUUUUGUGUCAAAUGCUUGGGGUGGAAGAACUUCAUACAGGCAGAUGGUUAUUGAUAGUGGGUUUUUGGAUUUAUUAGAACCAGGAGACAAUGUAAUGGCUGAUAAAGGUUUUACAAUUAGAGAUUUACUGCAUGAAAGAGGUUGUACUUUAAACAUUCCACCAUUCAACACUAAAGGACAAUUUUCAGUUGAUGAAAUUCUGUACACACAAGAAAUUGCAAAGGUUCGCAUUCAUGUCGAGAGAAGUAUAGGUAGGAUUAAAUGUUUUCAUAUUUUUGAUGGUGUAAUGCCACUUUCACUUGCACCUUUGUUAAAUCAAAUGUUUCAAGUUGCUAGUUUCUUGACAAAUCUUGAUGUUCCACUCAUUGAAAAUUAAAUGUACAAAGAGAUUUUAUUCUAAGUCACUCAAUAAAAUGUCAGUUUUGUAGCACACAUUGAUGAAAUAGAAAUGAGAGUAUCAGUAUCUGAGUAUAUGUUGGUUAGAUGCUUAGAAGGUAUAUUUGAAGGUAUAUUGGGUACAUGAAAAAUGUAGGGGGGCAUAUGCUGUUUAUAUAUUUUAUGUGUAGCGUUUUAUUGAAUUUUACCCUUGUGAACGCCAACCAACCUUAAAUAACAACUUUACCUAUACAUUUAAAAUAGUGAAUUCAAGAAUGAAUCUAUUUUUUUAAUCACGGAUUUGCAGUUUGCAAGCCCUAUUUUUGGACAAUAGAUGGUUAUCAAAUGCAAAUGUAUUAGUUAGGUCACAUGAAAUGUAUUGUCAAAAUUAAAAGCUUUUGUAUUUAAAUAAAUGCCUACUAUUUUUAACUCAAUGAAAACAAAUCUGUAGAUAGAGUUUAUGUAUUUUUAAAUG